AUGCUGCGGUGGCUCGCCGUCGUCGCCGCGGCGCAGGCCCUCCAGCGGCCGCAGCUGCCGGAAGUUCGACUGCCGCGCACGAAGCAGGAAUUUUCCAGCGCCCUCGACGACUGGCGCGGCUCCCUGAAGCUGCCGGACGCGGGCAGCUUCGUCGGCGGCGCCGUCGCCGGCGUCGCGCUGUCCGUGUUCGUGGCGCUGAGCCCCGUCGGCGACGCGGCGAGCGGCGAGAGCCGCGAGACGCGCGAGGCCGCGACGCAGUUCGCGGUCAUCCUCGACGCGCUCGACCGCGGCUACGUCGACGCGGUGUCGCCCAAGGCGCUCCUCGAGGCCGCCGUCGACGGCAUGCUGUCGACGCUCGACCCGUACACGCAGUUCGAGCGCGCGCGCGAGGCGAGCGACCUCGUCGAGAGCGUCGAGGGCCGCUACGGCGGCGUCGGCCUCGUCAUCUCCCGGCCCGCGGCGGCGGCGGCGCAGGCGCAGGGCAUCGCCGUCGUCGACGCCUACGAGGACUACGCGUGGGAGGCGGGGCUGCGGCCCAAGGACACGCUGCUCUCCGUCGGCGGCGCGUCCGUCGUCUCGAAGGGAGGCUCCGAGGCCGCGCUCGACGACGCGCGGAACCGGCUCCGGGGCGCGCCGGGCACGUCCGUCGCCGUCGAGUUCUCCCACCCCUGGGACAAGGGCGCCGUGCGCUCCGCGGACCUCCGGCGCUUCGCCGUGCGCCGCAAGGACGUCGAGGUCGCGGCGCUCCUGCCGUCGCCGACGGCGCCGAAGAUCGUCGCCUACGCGCGCGUCGCCGGCUUCUCGCGCGAGACGGCGCCGGAGCUGCUCGAGAGCCUCGCGGCGCUCCGCUACGACGCGGCGAGUUCGAAGCUCCAGGGGCUCGUGCUCGACCUCCGGGGCAACCCCGGCGGCCUCCUCGACGCCGCCGUCGACGUCGCGAGCCUCUUCCUCCCGCCGGAGUCCCUCAUCGCGUCCGCGGGCGGCCGCGGCUUCUUCCGGAGCCGGGCGACGGGCGCGACGCUCUUCGGCGCCGUGCCCCUCGUCGUGCUCGUCGACGGCCAGUCGGCGUCCGCGUCGGAGAUCGUGUCCGGGGCCAUCCAGGACUACGACGCCGGCGUGAUCUUGGGCACGCGGACCUUCGGCAAGGGCCUCAUCCAGGACGUGUCCGCGCUGCCCUUCGACGGCGCGGCGCUCAAGGUCACCGUGGGGCGCUACUACACGCCCAGCGGCCGCUGCCUGCAGGCC